AUGGAGCGCCGCCUUGGCCUGACGUCCACCGGGUGGUUCACGGUCUUGCUGCCAACCAUCGGCCCGAUUAUGAGUGGAGCCCGGAAGGCACCGUCCUUUGACGACGUAGAGAAGAUGCUGCAGUUGUUUGGCAUUGUGUCGGCCUUGAUCCUCAGCGUUGUCGCCGACGCUGCAAGCUACGACUACGAAUUUCCCAGUGACAAGACCAUGCAAGGCAGGGCAUUCACCGCAUUUGGUCUCUGCCUCGUCUCACUAGUCCACGUUCUCGUGACGUACAUCUACCUCGUCACUACAGUGGACCAGGAGCGAGACAAAGACGCUGAGGAGCAAAUGAAGAAAUGGUGGCAGUUUGGCAAAUUCAACCUCUUCCUGCAAGUCUUUUUUAUCGUUUACACACUGGUCGAGUACAUCACCUAUGUCAACAUUACGCACUUUGACGGCUACAAUGACGACGAUUGGCAAAGCGACCCUAUUCUUGCUUUGUACGGAGUUGACAACAACUUUGGACUCUUUUAUGUCAUCCACAUCGAAUACGCCUUCGUUGGUGUUCUUGUUGCCGUGCACCUCUUUGCCCUGCCCGUGAUGCUCUACAACGAUUCGAUUCGCGAUCGGGCGAGUCAGGCCGAGAAAUCGGCGAGGGGCAGCGCGAUCCUCUCCAGCUCAACACUCUAA